AUACAAGGUGGGGUGCUGGGAUGAAAGCUGGGAGCCGCAGAGAAGACCCUUCCCUUCCCCUUCGGGAUUCUCCUUUAAGUCCCAGCAUGCAAUGCAGAAGUCCUUCAAGCAGAGGAGGGCUGGGGUGCCCAGUGAGUACCAGCUGUGCCCCGCGCUCCUGCCGGCUCUCUCAGCACUCUUUCGGGGGCGUUCUGGGGGCCCUGCAGGUGGCACUGAGGAGGAGUGGGCGAGGCCAGAGAGGGCCCGGGGUGGACCCUCGGAGCCCCAGAUCCUUCAGGACAUCCCCAUACUCAGCCUCGCAGAGGUGUUUCAGACCAAGCUGCCCGGGGCCUGGCAGAUCCAGCUGGAACUGGAUGGCGAGAGUCAUGUUCUGGAGCUGCUACGGAACAGGGAGCUAGUCCCAGGCCGCCCGAGCCUGAUGUGGUACCAGCCUGACGGCACCCGUGUGGUCAGUGUCGGACACACUCUGGAGAACUGCUGCUACCAGGGAGCGGUGCAGGGCCACGCCGGCUCCUGGGUCUCCGUCUGCACCUGCUCGGGGCUCAGGGGUGUGGUGAUCCUGUCCCCAGAGAGAAGCUACACCUUAGACCUGGGGCCUGAGGACCUUCAGGCUCCCCCGAAUAUCUCCCGGAUCCAAGACCUCUUCCUGCCAGGCCACACUUGUGCCCUGAGCUGGCAUACAUCUCUGCGCACUCAGGCUCACCUGGAGCGGCCCCAGGGCCAGCGCCACAGCCCCUCUCAUCGGCGGAGGCGGGACGUGGUGACAGAGACCAAGACUAUUGAGCUGGUGAUUGUGGCCGAUCAUUCAGAGGUCCAGAGGUACCCAGACUCCCAGCACCUACUGAACCGCAUGCUGAGAGUGACCUUCCUCCUGGACGCUUUCUUCCGGCCGCUGAAUGUGCGGGUGGUACUCGUGGGCCUGGAGGCCUGGACCCAGCGCGACCUGGUGGAGGUCAGCCAGGACCCAGGUCUCACGCUAGACAAGUUCCUCCGCUGGCGGCGGAGGGAUCUGCUGCCUCGACUGCCCCACGACAGUGCCCAGCUGGUGACCGCCACUUCAUUCUCUGGGCCCACGGUGGGCAUGGCCAUUCAGAACUCCAUCUGUUCUCCCGACUUCUCGGGAGGCGUGAACAUGGACCACUCCACCAGCGUCCUGGGACUUGCAUCCUCCAUAGCACACGAGCUGGGCCACAGCCUGGGCCUGGCCCACGACUUGCCUGGGAACAGCUGCCCCUGCCCAGGGCCGGCCCCCGCCAAGAGCUGCAUCAUGGAAGCUUCCACAGACUUCCUGCCAGGCCUGAACUUCAGCAACUGCAGCCAGCAAGCCCUGGAGAAGGCCCUUCUGGAAGGGAUGGGCAGCUGCCUCUUUGAACGGCUGCCCAGCCUGCCCUCGCUGGCCACUGUCUGCGGGAAUACGUUCGUGGAGCCCGGCGAGCAGUGUGACUGUGGCUUCCCGGAUGACUGCACCGACCCCUGUUGUGACUACUUCACCUGCCAGCUGAGGCCCGGUGCCCAGUGCGCGUCCGACGGGCUCUGCUGUCAGAAUUGCCAGCUGCGCCCGGCCAGCUGGCAGUGCCGUCCUUCCAGAGGGGACUGUGACUUACCCGAGUUCUGCUCAGGAGACAGCCCCCAGUGCCCUCCCGACGUCAGCCUGGGAGACGGCGAGCCGUGUGCCGGGGGCCAGGCUGUGUGCGUGCAAGGCCGUUGUGCUUCCUAUGCCCAGCAGUGCCAGGCUCUCUGGGGGCCCGGGGCCCAGCCCGCCUCACCGCUUUGCCUCCUUGCUGCCAAUACUCGAGGGGAUGCCUUUGGGAGCUGUGGGCGCAACCCUAACGGCAGCUACGUGUCCUGUGCCCCUAGAGAUGCCAUUUGCGGGCAGCUCCAGUGCCAGGGGGGGCAGGCCCAGCCUCUGCUGGGCUCAGCCCGGGAUCUGCGCUGGGAGAUGCUAGAAGCCAACGGGACCCAGCUGAGGCUGAAUUGUAGCUGGGUCCACCUGGACCUGGGCGACGAUGUGGCCCAGCCCCUCCUGACUCUGCCUGGCACAGCCUGUGGUCCUGACCUGGUGUGCAUUGACCGCCAGUGUCAGCCCACGGAUGUCCUGCGAGCCCAGGAAUGUCGAAGCAAGUGCCACGGGCACGGGGUCUGCGACAGCACAGGACAUUGCCACUGUGAGGAGGGCUGGGCGCCCCCUGACUGCACCCACCGCGUCAGAGGGCUGCCCCUCGGCCUCCUGUUGGUGGUGGUCCUGAUGCUGCUGGGGGCCAGCUACUGGCACCGUGCCCGCCUGCGUCAACGGCUCUGUCAGCUCAAGGGACCCAGCUGCCAGUACAGGGCAGCCCAGUCUGGUCCCCCAGAACGCCCAGGACCCCCGCAGAGGGUCCUGCUGAUGCCAGGGGCCAAGCAGGCUAGUAUUCUUGGCUUCCCGGCACCCCCCUCCAGGCCACUGCCUCCUGACCCUGUGCCCAAGAGACUCCAGGCUGAGCUGGCUGACCGGCCCAAUCCCCCCACCCGCCCUCUGCCCGCUGACCCGGUGGUGAGGCACCCGAAGGGGCCUGCCAAGCCCCCACCCCCGAGGAAGCCACUGCCUGCCAACCCCCAGGGCCGGCGCCCUUCGGGUGACCUGCCUGGCCCAGGAGAUGGAAUCCCGCCCCUAGCGGUACCGGCCAGGCCUGCGCCGCCGCCCCCAGCAGCGUCCUCGCUCUACCUCUGACCUCUGCUGAGGUUCCGCUGCCUGCAGCCCGGACUUAGGACUUCAAGAGGCACACUGGCCCCUGGAGUCCCCCGCGAUGACCGAAGGAGCCAGAGCCUGGACACAGCGGAGCAGGCACCUUAAGACCCCGGGGCACCUCCACGCGCCGACGAGCAGCACCCUAGGGACCCGCCCACGCAGUUGCUGCUGGGAGGGGCUGGGCGCCGGACUGGGCCGAGGGAGGUGCACACAGCCUGUCCCUGAUCUGGUGCAAUAAACGUGAGGUCUGGGGAG